AUGCAAAAUUUUAAAACUUUAAUAAAUUGUCUUCCAAAGAAAUCCAAAGCAAUUUUAUAUAAGAAUGGGAUCAUAAUUUCAACCUCAACUUCAAGAGCUCCAUUGUUUAAUUAUGUAGCUUUUAUCAAAAGGCUUGAUAUUACUGUUAUUUGUAAUGCAUUAGCAAGAUUUCAACAACUUUCUACUCCAAAAACACUUGACAAUAAUCAAAAUUUGGUUACAAUACGAGAAAUACUUAAAAUGCUCAUGAAUCAAACCUCUUUGAAAAUUUUACAUUGUGAUUUUGACAUAUACAACAUUCCAAAUUUUACCGCUUAUCCCGGAGUAAAGAAUUGUUUAAGUAAACUUUCUGAAUUUUCAU